AUGUCAGCAAUCAACCGCUUGAGACUAGAGCGAUCGACUGAUGAGGAGCACUUAGCCCGACGGAUGGUGAAAGACUUCAAUCUAGCACAGCACUUCUGCCAUACCUUGCCACAAGCAAGGAAGGACAGCAAGCAUGACCGCAACGUUCAGAAGCUGCAGAAGCAUCAUUGCCGUACAUCGCUUGAGUUGAUCAAGAUUGACAAGAAUCACGUCUUCCUCACCGUGAUUCUGGAGAAAAACAGCCAGUUCAUAGACACACCAGAGACGAUCAAG